AUGUCUGGGAUCCACGCACCGUGGUCAACGGGCACUGAGUGCGUAGCCAAGUACAACUUCCAGACGGCCAAUGAGCAGGACCUACCCUUCUGCAAAGGAGACGUGCUGACCAUCAUCGGCGUUACCAGAGAUCCUAACUGGUACAAAGCAAGGAACAUUGUGGGAAGAGAGGGAACCAUUCCGGCAAAUUAUGUCCAGAAGAGGGAAGGCGUCAAAUCAGGAGGGAAACUCAGUCUCAUGCCUUGGUUCCAUGGCAAGAUCACCCGCGAGCAGGCCGAGCGGCUCCUCUACCCUCCCGAGACGGGCCUGUUUUUGGUGCGCGAGAGCACCAACUACCCGGGCGACUACACGCUGUGCGUCAGCUGCGACGGAAAGGUGGAGCAUUACCGCAUCAUUUACCACAACGGGAAGCUCACCAUCGAUGAGGAAGAGUACUUCGACAACCUCAUGCAGCUGGUGGAGCACUACACCAAAGAUGCCGACGGCCUGUGCACCAGCCUCAUCAAGCCCAAGUUGAUGGAGGGCACUGUGGCGGCGCAGGACGAGUUCUCCAGGAGUGGCUGGGCGCUAAACAGAAAGGAGCUGAAACUUCUACAGACCAUUGGAAAAGGAGAGUUCGGAGAUGUGAUGGUGGGAGACUACCGAGGGACCAAAGUGGCAGUCAAGUGUAUCAAAAACGACGCCACGGCACAGGCUUUCAUCGCAGAGGCUUCCGUCAUGACGCAACUGAGACACAACAACCUGGUGCAGUUGCUUGGAGUCAUCGUAGAGGAGAGGGGAAGCCUUUACAUUGUCACAGAGUACAUGGCCAAGGGCAGCUUGGUUGACUACCUGCGCUCCCGAGGACGGACCGUGCUCGGAGGGGACUGUUUACUGAAGUUUUCCCUGGAUGUGUGCGAGGCCAUGGAGUACCUGGAAGCCAACAACUUUGUCCACAGAGACCUGGCAGCACGCAACGUGCUAGUGUCAGACGACAACAUCGCCAAGGUUAGCGACUUUGGUCUCACCAAGGAGGCCUCGUCCAUACAGGACACCGCCAAGCUGCCCGUCAAGUGGACCUCGCCUGAAGCCCUGAGGGAGAAGAGGUUCUCCACCAAGUCGGACGUCUGGAGUUACGGAAUCCUACUAUGGGAGAUCUAUUCCUUUGGCCGCGUGCCUUACCCUCGAAUUCCGCUGAAAGAAGUGGUGCCCCGCGUGGAGAAAGGCUACAAGAUGGACGCCCCCGACGGCUGCCCGCCGGUGGUGUACGACCUGAUGAAGCAGUGCUGGACCCUGGACGCGGCGGUGCGGCCGUCCUUCCGUAUGCUGAGGGAGAAGCUGCAGCAUAUCCGAGCCAAAGAGCUCUACCUGUGA